AUGAUUGAACGCCAGACAGUUGUCGAUAGCGAAUACUUCUGAGCUCUCAUAUUUCGUUCAAAUCCGUUCACGUCCCUUGACAAUUCCGCGAGAAAAAUGGAUUCAAGUUGGCCCACUCCCUUUCCGGUUGAUCUCUUUGGCGAGCCCCAGGAGUUUAAUGAUUCGUCAGCGACAGCCGUUCUGGGCUCGCUUGUUCGGAUAGAAAAGACGAAGCUAGGUCAGGGACAAUUCGGUGCUGUGCACAUCGCCCGAAUCCCGGGAGCAAAGUCGGUUGCAGCCAAGAUCUUUCGAAAUCCGGAAAAGGAGCGUUUCGAUGAGAUAGUAAUCAAAGAGCUCCGCAUUGCUCUCAAGCUGCGUCAUCCGAAUAUCGCCGCAUGCUACGGAGCCAUGCAGUGCAAGCAGUGGCCGGUCAUGUUCUUUGAACACGUGGACGGUGUUACUCUGAAAGAGAUGUACCUGGCAGCCUGGGGAAAACGCAGCUUUUUGACGGAGGCCACUCUCAGGCCCAUCUUUUUGCAGGUCCUCCAGGUGUUGCAUUACCUUGAAACAGCGAAAGUCGUGCACGUCGACCUGAAGUAUGACAACGUCAUGGUAAGACGAGAUGGAGUAGUCAAACUCAUCGACUUUGGCGUGGCACAGGAUAUCGCAGAAGGCAAGUCAAUGAAACUGCAGCCCCAGAUGUAUACGCACCCGCCGGAGGUGGAACUUGCCGGAAUGGGCGGCUACGACAACAAAGCCGACAUUUUCUUCGCUGGAUCAUUACUCUACUUCCUUCUCUGCUACAUUCAUCCCUUUGGAGACUUCCAAAACUUGACCUCCGGCGAGAGAGUGCAGAAGAUUGCAGAGGGAGUCAACAAGACUGACGAGCGGUACAAGACCCUGUCACGUCAUGUUCGCCGCCUCAUUGACGUAAUGGUGGCGUACCACCCAGACGAGCGGCCAACAGCAGCCCAGGCUCUUCAGGUGUCCUGGUUCACCCGUGCGCGCGAACAUCAGCAACCUGAACUGAUUAGCUAUGAGCCGCCGGUGAUCCCACAGACUGCUGAGGAUCUCAACGCGAAGGCGCUCACCAGGCUAGCUGUGAAUCUAGCGGUUUUGAAAGAUGAGCUAGUGCCCACAAUCUUGAAGGACAAUAACAGCUGGCAGAGUAUCGCCUACCGAGCUACUGUGCACGAGAUGGAGGUUCUAGCUCCAAAGACUCCGGCAAACACUACGCAAACCCUGCCAUCAGAACGCACAGGACGAUCAGCAACCAGCAAGAGCGUUGACGAGGGCAAGGGAUCGUCCCUAGAAAAGUCUGAUUCUGCCGCCGAAACAACCCCUACCACUGCCGGGAAAGGUUCCAGCCGGAAAUGUUGCGUCAUUUCCUGAUCUCUAUUUUCUACAACAUGGAAAGUCCACUUUGGACGCUGCACCACUUUAUUCCUUUAUAAUAAAUUUUCCAAA